AUGCCUGGCAAACACAUAGUUCCUCAGAAUUGCCCCAGGGAUUACAAUCUGUUGUCCUGUGAUCAAGACCAUGACAAGGUCAGGUGUAGAUAUGGAGUUUUCUCAGCUAAUGAGUGUGGAAUGUGCCAUCAACAUGCAGGAUUCACACUGAACCAGAACACCUGUACUCUGUCAUAUAGAAACACUUCACAGCGUGGUGUUUAUGCAUUUGAGCUAGUGAUGGAAGACUAUCCCACCCAAAACAUCAGUCUGAGAUAUUCCAGCAACACUUCAGUUAUCAGAACCCCUUACAAUACAAAUCAAUCUUCUUCCAUUUCACCACUGAGCAGAAUACCUCUCCAGUUUUCUUUGCAAGUGGAAGACCCUGCACCAUCUUGCAUUGAGGGUCAAUAUCUACCCCGGUUCAUCCACCCCACACCUUAUCAUGGAGAGCACAUAAAUGCUCGUGUGAAUCAAGAGCUUGAGAUCAGGGUAAAGGCCUCUGCAACCUCCUCAAGCAUCAGUGAUGUGGUCUUUAGUGGACCCCUGAACAGCACAAAGCAUACCACCACCACUGGGGAGUAUGUGAUUAACUGGACACCAAUCGCAGACAACUUUGGCCAACAUUUUCCAAUUUGCUUCAUUGCAGAAGGCCAAAAUGGGUCUAGAUCAUACCAGUCUGAGAUGAGGUGUGUCAUUGUUGUGGUGAACACUGAAGGUCCAAAAGCAAACGUGACAUGCACUAAGGACAAAAUGACGGUGUCAGUAGAAAGGGCCACUAUUACUGGUCUCCAUGGCGGUCACCUGAGACUGAACAACGCAUCCUGUGUAGUUUAUUUCAAUAACACCCAUGUGUUUACUAAUUUUUCUCUGAAUGACUGCGGUACUCAGAUAGAAGAGACUGACGACCAUCUCAUCUUCAAGAAUGAAAUCCUCACUUACGACAAUCCAAACGAUAUCAUAACCAGAAAACAUAACAUAGAAAUUGAAGUCAUGUGCAAGUACGAGAAAAAGAGCAGCGUUACUCUGAAAUUUGAUGCUCGCAGGCCAGCUAUCAACUUCACAGAGAGAGGCUUUGGCUCAUUCAGCUAUCAGUUUGAUUUUUAUCAGUCUAGCAGUUUCUUCAACAGAAAAAGUCCAAACUCCUAUCCACUGGAGUAUGAUGUGGGAGACACCAUCUACAUGAAGAUUGAGCCUGUCAAUCUGGUUCCAAACACUGAGGUCUUCCUAGAAUCCUGUGCCGCUACACCCUAUGAUAAUCCUAGUUAUCCCAUCUCUUAUCCCAUCAUCAGGAAUGGAUGCGGGGUUGACAGCACCGUUAGAAUCCUUUCAAAUCAUGAGUCUAAUGUGAGGUUCAGUAUGGAGGCCUUCAAGUUUAUUGGACAAUAUGACCAGGUGUUCAUCAGCUGUUCCAUCAUCAUAUGUCAAGCGAACAAUCCAAACACUCGCUGCACUCAGGGCUGCACCAACCGCACAGUAGCUCCAACAAAUCUGCACAUCCACAAAAGAGAUGCUCCCCUUCAGACCGAAAGUCACUUCAUCUCCCAAGGUCCUCUACGCAUGAGGAGGAGUCCAUCACUUACUCAGUUCAUCAGCCCAAGCUUGAAUCUGAACCUUGUUUUCAUUGCUGGGUGUCUCCUAGCUGUGGUUGGCAUGGUGUGUGGAGUGGUGGUCUACAAAGCCAGGGGGUCAAAGGUCAACUACCAGCGUUUGAAAUCAGAAGAGAUUUGA